AUCAAGCCAAAAUGAUUACGAUCAGCUGAUUUUUUCAUUGUAUUUUUAAAUCGACACUGUAAGAACUUGAAUAACGUUAUAAUGUGAACUGUAUUUAUAGCGCUAAUAUCGUGCCUGUAAUAUUAUUAUGAAGUAAACGAGUGCGAAUUGUUUUUUUUCUUGUAUGUAGCAAAAAGCGGAUUUUCAAGUAUUGUAAACAAAUCAUCAAACUAGCCGCUAAUCUGUCAGCCGCCCUCUUGACAGUUCACACAUACCGUUACUCGAAGUCACUACUACAGAAGCAAAAAAUGAAAGAAAUUAACUUGCAGUUGUGGAAUGGCGAACAGUAUAAAUUUGAACUUCGACGAUGCAGGAUUUCUCUGAAAAAUCAAUUUUCCCUCUUGGUUGUGAAGUGCUAGUGUCAGUGUUUGGUGAUUCUAUAGUGAAUUCUUGUGUGAAUCUGCUCACUCUUAUCACAAAGUUUCCAUGUGCGGUGACCGUGGAGUGGAAUGGCUUAUGUUUAGUGUGCCGUGGGAAACCGAGAGUUAAAUUGAAGAUACAUCGAAAGCGGAGAGUUGCUUUUCCGAGUGGAUUAAUUAAUUCUACGGCUUGGUGGAAGGUGCGCAAAAAUCAACUUUUGGAAUUCUGCCAAAAAUGGAGCAAUUGGAUUGCUUGUAGGUGAAAUGAUGCAGGCGAAACACCGGAAGUGCACCUUUGGGAAGAAAAAGGAAGCUACGCAGCUGCAGAAGGACCUAGAAAAGAUUUGCAUUUAACCUCCCCCUUAACAGCCUUGCUGGUCAGUUAAACAUCGCCAGCAAUCAAGAUGACUUCACGUCUGGAUCGAUUAUUCAUCCUGCUGGAGUCCGGAUCGGCGGCCGUCACUCGCAAGGCAGCGGCAAAGCAGAUCGGCGAAGUGCAAAAGCUGCAUCCGCACGAGCUGCACAAUCUGCUGAACCGGCUGCAGACCUAUCUGCACAGCAACAACUGGGAAACACGAAUCGCUGCCGCACAGGCCGUACAGGCAAUCCUGGAGAAUGUUCCUCCGUGGAAUCCGAAGGGAGUUGAUGGAGUUAAGAAAGAGGAGGUGGAGGAGGAUAGUGAUGCAAAUACUCAAGGUUCGAGACUAUCGUUUGACAAAUUUGAUCUGAAUGCCGUGUUGCAUAGAGGAGCCAGACUAAUGGGAUCCGAAGGGACGGAGUUUGAUGCCAUUGAUGAAAAUGAUGCUGGGGAUCCCAGAGAGAAAUGGGCUCGCCAACGAGCGUUACUGAAUGAGAAGCUGGGUCUCAGUACCGGCGUGAAUUUGGAUGAUAUUGUAUCGAUCGAGGAUAUGCAAAACAGGAGCGGACAGGUUCAGGGUCGUAGCGACGGCGAGAGACUGAUGCCAGUGCAGGAAAUAUUAAAACUAGAGAACAGCUCAGCGGAUGGGUCUAGUCAAACAUUAAGUUGUCGGGAGAAGAAUCGAGCACGGAGAAAGGCCCGGGAACAACAAAAGGCAUUUCCGAACCCUAUUAACGCGGUAACCUCCGGAAGUUCGUGUACCGGAAAUAAUGGAUCCGGUGUCGACGGUGAACCCGAUAGGAAGCGAGCGAAGGUCGAUGCCAAGGGCGAUGUGCUGGGUUUCAGUGAUCCAGUUCCGGAUUUAACUGGAGCCUGGGUCGACGCUACAGAUUGGCCUUUGGAAUUUUUUUGUGCGAAAUUAUACUUAGAUCUCUUCAGUCCUCGAUGGGAAACUCGUCAUGGAUCGGCGACCGCAUUGCGAGAAAUGCUCAAGAGUCAUUCGGAAGGGGCCGGCAAGAGUAUUUAUAUGACAAGUCAGCAAAUGGAACAGCAGCACCAGCUCUGGUUAGAAGAUGCAACAUUGAGAUUACUUUGCGUUCUAGCUUUGGACCGGUUCGGUGACUUCGUAUCGGAUCAAGUUGUGGCACCUGUACGUGAAACAUGUGCUCAGGUUUUGGGAACAGUUUUGAAACAGCUUCCAUUAGAUAAGGUUCACAAGACGGUCAACAUUUUGCUGACAUUCAUUAAACAGAAAGAUUGGGAGGUUCGCCAUGGUGGAUUGCUCGGUAUCAAAUAUAUGCUAGUGGUGCGUGAAGAUCUAGUUCAAACUUUCCUGCCACUGAUCAUUAAUGAUGUUCUGACAGGACUUUUCGAUUCCGUAGAUGAUGUUGGAGCAGUAGCAGCGGCAACUCUCAUACCUAUAGCAUCGUGGUUGCCAAAAUUGCUCACUAAGGCGCAGGUGUCUCAUAUUGUCAAGCUCUUGUGGGAUUUACUCUUGGAUCAGGAUGAACUUGCUUCCGCUUGCAAUAGCUUCAUGGGACUACUGGCAUCGAUUCUUAGUCUACCUAAUGCUUCCAGUUGGAUUCAGAUGGAACCAAUGUCCAUAUUGGUACCUCGAUUGUGGCCGUUUCUCAGUCACUGCACCUCAUCGGUACGGAGAUCCACUCUGCAAACGUUAAAAACGCUAACAAAUAGCAACCAUUCGAGCAAGAGUGACUCACUGGCGCCAUCCGGCGGAAGUAAUGGAAUGAAUGGGAAUGCCACUUCCGUUAUAGUCAGUACGGCAGAGGCACUGGCAAAGGCUGCAACUGAGACUAACGUGGUUCUAAAGGUUGAUCCAUCGGAAAAUCUAGUAUUAAAUUUCGGUGUCCAAGAGUGGCCUCCUGCUUUGCUACAAGAAGCUUUACGGCACAUCUUCCAACGAGUUUUAGUUGAGCAUGUUGAGGAUAUUCAGUCGCUAGCUGAGAAUGUGUGGAACAACUUGAUAGUAAAUGCAGAACUUUCGGCACUGCUACACGCAUCCUGCCCGUUUGUUGCAAGUUGGCUUUGUUUGGCAAUGCAACCGGUUAGAUUAGCGUUCGAUCCGGCCUCGUUAAUCUUUGCUAAACCGAAUCAGCCUUCGCAGACUCGAGAGCGCCGUCGUCAGUUUGAUUCGUUCGAAUCCGCCAGUAGUGUGCCAUCGCGACAGAAAUUAUAUCUAGGCGGGUCGGAAACGAUACCAAUUGAUGUGCGCGAACGAAAUGUGAUUCGAGCUCGUAUCAAGGCAUCGAAAAUGAUUGGACUACUCUCCCGUUAUCUCGUACUACCUGCGCCAGGUGUUGUGUACACGCCAGAGAUUGAAAGUCCCAUCGAUUGCUAUACUAAAGUGCUGUUGGGUUAUCUGCAGUCUCGUUCAGCCCUUCAAAGGUUAAUUGCUAGCCUAGUAAUAGCGUUUUGGUGUUCACAUGAUGGCAGCAUUCGCCCGGGACCCCCAUCGCUGCAGGAUCGAUUAAAGCUAUGUUUGAAUGAAUACGUUUACUAUGACGAAGUGGCUAUGCUUUUCACUAGACUGCUACAGGAGAGUCGUGAUUAUUUAGCAACCUUGAAACAGCACAAAAUUCAAGUUGUGGAGUUUGAGAACUUGAAAGUGCUGAGUUUGGAUCAAAUAUUUCAGCUAUGUACAGUGAUGUCGGAGAACCUAAAAACCAAAUAUGGAUUGAAGACGAAGGUGGCCGAGAUGUUAGAUGAAAGACGCCGUGGACUAUUUAGUUCCCAUGCCAAUACUUCGUUAGAGCAGAACAACAUGCACAUUAGUACGCAAUCAUCAAUCGCAGGGGCCGUCGUUAGUCUGCAUUGCUUGCCGGAAAAAUUGAAUCCUGUUGUUAAGCCGUUGAUGGAAUCGAUUAAACGCGAGGAGUGCGAACUGCUUCAGAAAUUAUCAGCCAAGUAUUUAGCUGAACUACUUGAUCAAGUUACAGCGCGCAACCCCUGCCCGAACAAUAAAAUUGUGUCCAACUUAUGUACGCUGCUGAAGAGUGAUCUGGAAUAUACACCCAAACUUGUCAUCCCAGAUCGUGAUAUGCGUCAUUAUGAUCCAGCGAAUAAUGGUGAUACUAAUCCCUACCAUGGCAUUAUCACUUUAAUGAAUCAACAGAAGGCCAGAGAUGGUCACAAUGGGAACGCUUCCACCUCGCGAGGUCCUGGAAGGCCAUCAUCCGUAACGACGGAUACGGUGACCAUAGAAGAAGUACUCAACGAGAAUGAUGAAACUAGUCGUAAACAUGCGAGAACUCAGCGACUUGGUGCUACACAUGCCAUUACUACCAUCUGUUCAUAUUUUAAAGAAACAUUACCUCAAAAACUUCCUGUUGUUUGGCAGUUGAUGAUGGAUAAAAUCGUCUCUAGGGUCAAUGAAGGUUAUAUCGAUCGACUAACUCGCGAAAUAGUGGGUCAAGAAGACACCAAUGACUUUGUCACUUCACUACAGCUGAUAGAGGUAGCUGCCCGCCAUAUAGACCCAGCAUUGCACGAUCAGUUUUUCCAACUGUUACCCAAGCUUUGUUUGUUACUCAGGCAUCCCCUGAAAUCGAUUCGCCACAUGGUCGGUCGUUGUUUGGCCACUUUGGCAAUGGUUAACUCUCAGGUCGUUAUGACCAUGGUAAUAGGCGAUAUUAUUCCGAUGUUAUCAUCCAUCGAAAACGUCAUCAAACGACAGGGAGCUGCUGAAGCUAUCGCCUGUAUUGUCAGCCAGUUGCAGUUGGAAAUUGUACCGUAUGUUGUCUUGCUGGUUGUUCCUCUACUAGGACGAAUGAGUGACCCCGAUCAAGCAGUUCGUCUCGUAUCAACACACUGUUUCGCAACUUUGAUACAGCUCAUGCCACUCGAUGGCAUAACUCCAGACGUCCGUGGUCUGUCUGAAGACCUUAAGAACCGCAAGCUCAAAGAUAAGGAAUUCCUCGAGUAUUUGUUCACACCGAAAACUAUUCCAGACUUCAAAAUUCCGGUGAAAAUUAACGCUGAACUUCGCAGUUACCAACAGUCUGGUGUCAACUGGUUGUGGUUCCUGAAUAAGUACAAACUUCACGGUAUUCUUUGUGACGACAUGGGUCUCGGAAAGACAUUGCAAGCGAUUUGUAUUUUAGCUGGUGACCAUUAUCAACGUAGUAUUGAUCCUAAAAGCUCUAAACUGCCUAGUUUGGUAAUUUGUCCUCCCACUCUAACGGGGCAUUGGGUUUAUGAAGUUGAAAAAUUUCUUCCAACUCGAUUCCUCAGACCGUUGCACUACGUGGGACUACCAGUUGACCGUGAAAGGCUUCGCCAUAAACUAGGAACCUACAACCUAUAUGUUGCUUCCUACGAAAUAGUACGCAAAGAUAUUGAAUUCUUCGGCUCAGUGCAUUGGAACUACUGCGUCCUGGACGAGGGACACAUAAUCAAAAAUGGUCGAACCAAGAGUUCCAAAGCCAUAAAACAGUUGGUCGCAAACCACCGACUGAUACUCUCGGGAACACCAAUCCAGAACAAUGUUCUGGAACUGUGGUCAUUGUUCGACUUCCUGAUGCCGGGCUUUCUCGGAACAGAGAAACAGUUUAGCACCCGUUUCUCUCGACCUAUUCUAGCUAGUCGUGAUCCAAAGAGCUCUCCCAAGGAGCAGGAGGCCGGGGCACUGGCCAUGGAAGCACUGCAUCGUCAGGUUCUACCGUUCUUACUAAGGCGUGUGAAGGAGGAUGUGUUGACGGAUUUGCCACCCAAGAUCACGCAGGACAUGCUGUGUGAACUUAGUCCUCUGCAGGAACGGCUGUACGAGGACUUCAGUCGGACGCACCUGAACUCGGAUAUUAGAGAGUGCCUGGAAAACAUUGAUGGGCAGAUGGUUAGCAAGAAAACGCACGUCUUCCAGGCGUUGAGAUACCUGCAGAACGUUUGCAACCAUCCAAAGCUCGUUCUGCAACCUUCUCAUCCGGAGUAUCAGACCAUUGUGUCUGAAUUCACCCGUAACGGCAGCUCACUAGAUGACAUUGAGCAUUCGGCCAAGUUACCAGCAUUGAAGCAGCUACUACUAGACUGCGGAAUAGGAACAAACGAGGACAUGCUGGUGAAUCAACACCGGGCACUGAUUUUCUGUCAGCUAAAGGCGAUGUUGGACAUUAUCGAGAACGAUUUGCUGAAGAAGCAUCUACCGGCGGUUUCCUACUUGAGAUUAGACGGUGGUGUUCCGCCUAGUUCGCGUCAUCAGAUCGUAACCAAGUUCAACGGGGAUCCUAGUAUUGAUGUGCUAUUGCUAACGACGCAGGUUGGUGGACUCGGCCUGAAUCUUACUGGGGCCGAUACAGUGAUUUUCGUUGAACAUGACUGGAAUCCAAUGAAAGAUCUGCAAGCUAUGGACCGUGCCCAUCGAAUAGGUCAAAAGAAAGUCGUGAACGUUUACCGUUUGAUAACUCGUAAAUCCCUAGAAGAAAAGAUUAUGGGACUGCAAAAGUUCAAGCUGCUUACGGCCAACACGGUGGUGAGCGAUGAGAAUGCAUCGAUGGAAACGAUGGGAACUGACCAGCUGCUGGAUCUGUUUGCUCUAAACGAUGAUGGCAGGAAGCAAAAGAAGGUUGAAAAAGGUUCAGCAAGCAGCGCUGCCAUUGCUGGAGAAGAAUCCAAUGGUGCAAAUGGAAGCUCCCGCACGAUGAGAAACGUGCUGGAGAAUCUACCGGAGUUAUGGGACGAUAACCAGUACCACGAGGAGUACGAUUUGUCUCAGUUUUUAGAAGGACUGAAGAAAAACUAGUCCGUGUGCAUGUGUUUGUGUUUUAAGCGUUAGGCAAAUGGAAUUGGAGCGUUGCAGCUCUGCUUUUAUAGGAUUUAGAACUAAGUAGAUCCGUAAUCAAGCUUCCUCUAUUCAUUGUAUGUCAAACUCUUCCCCUUUUUAGGCUACAGUAAUAAUUUUUCGUCUACAUUCAUUUUCACGUACUAUCUUUACAUGAAUAUCUUUAUUCCUAUCGCUUAUGUUAUAUAUUAUAACUACAUAUUGAAUUUGAGGUACAUGAAUUGUCUAGAAAUUAUCAAUGAUUACAAUAUAAUUUUGAUCAAAGACAGUUUUAU